AUGGUCCUCAAACGAAUGUCCUUUGUCCUACAGAUUUUUCCUAAUUUCAGUCUGUCAGGCUGUCUGAUCACAGAGGAAGGCUGUGCUUUUUUGGCCUCAGCCCUAUGUUCCAACCGCUCCCAUCUGAGGAAGCUGGACCUGAGCUACAAUCAUCCAGGAGACUCGGGGGUGAAGCUGUUGUCUGUUGGACUGACGGAUCCAAACGGGGGACUGGACAAUCUCAGGGUGGACCAUGGUGGAGAGCAGAGGUUAAAACCUGGUCUGAGGAAGUAUUUCUGUGAACUCACAUUGGACACAAACACAGCACACAGAAACCUCAAACUGUCUGACAAUGAAAGGGAGGUGAUAUAUGUGGAGGAGGAGCAGCCAUAUCCUGAUCAUCCAGAGAGAUUUGACUACUGGCAGCUGCUGUGUAGAAAUGGUCUGACUGGUCGCUGUUACUGGGAGGUCGAGUGGAGCGGAGGAGUUAAUAUAUCAGUGAGUUACAGAGGAAUCAGAAGGAGAGGGAACAGUGAUUAUUGUGUGUUUGGAAGAAAUGAUCAGUCCUGGAGUCUGAGCUGCUCUGAUGCUGGUUACUCUGUCUGGCACAAUAACAGAAAAACUGUCCUCCCUCUCUCCUCCUCCUCCUCCUCCUCCUCCUUCUACUCUGUCUCUGGUAGAGUAGCAGUGUAUGUGGACUGUCCUGCUGGCUCUCUGUCCUUCUACAGAGUCUCCUCUGACACACUGAUCCACCUCCACACCUUCAACACUACAUUCACUGAACCUCUUUAUCCUGGGUUUUGGCUCUGGUCCUAUGAUUCCUCAGUGUCUCUGUGUUCUCUGUAGAAGGAAGAUACCUUCCAGUUGUUGUGUAGAAACUAGGGAUGUCCCAUAAUGUUUUUUUGCCCCUGAUCCCGAUCUGUGUCAUUUAAUAUUGACUAUCAGAUGCACUACUUGUAUUUACUAAAUAAUUUAGUUGCACAGUGCACAGUUUAAGAACAUUAAAUUUCUCUCUACUUUUAAAAGUAUCUUGCAGUAUGUGUUCCUUUGCUGCAGCAUUGCCUGAGUUAACAGAGAGAACUCACUGAAUUCUGAUGGGUUAGGGCUCUACGCUGACCUUUUGCCCAAGGAGCACCUGUGCACUUAAAGGAAAUUAAAUUAGAUUACAUGAAAUCAAUUUAAAACAAAAGGAUUUUAAAUAAAGAAAUGUCAGCCCUCUGAAAAGUAUAAUCAUGCAUAUGUACUCAGUUCUUGGU